GCUUUUCACGCUGCUCUCCCAGCCUCCUGGGCAGAGUUUGCGGAUGACGAGGGGCGAGUUUACUUCUACAACUACACCACAAACGAGAGCACUUGGAACCAUCCGAUGGAUGAAGUCUACAGGGAGCUCAUUGCUCUGGUUUUGCGUGUGCGGCGUGUGCAACCCGCGCCAGUAGCUCAGGAGAGGCUUCAUGAGCUGAUAGGCCAGCACCUUCGCGAGGUGUAUGAUCGUGCGUCAUCCCAACUGGCGAAUUGGAGUGGCCCAUUCCGCUCAGAAGAGGGCGAUUGCUACUACUUUAAUGAAGUCUCGCAGCAAAGCACCUGGGUGAAUCCAUUAGAG